GAAGUAUAAUUUGAUCCUUGCUACUAAGUUUACCAAAGUCUGACAAGUGGGUCAUUCAUUUGUUUGGUAAGAAACAAGUCUGAACAGAAAGAAAUUAUAGUAUAUUCAUUUCAAGUCGGCCAAGAAUAAACCCGGGUUCGACCCGGAUCCAAACUUGGUUAAGUUUCUUAUAUAAGAAACUAAAAAACAACUCUUUCUUUAUAAACUUUAAAUAUUCAACUAGUUCCUCAUUACAUACUCUGUAUUAGAGCUUUGGCCAACAUUUCUCUCUCUUUCUUUCUCUCUCUUUACCACUCGUGUGCUUGUACACAUGCAACUUUAAUUCAUUCCUCCUAUAACAAAAAAAAAUGUCCUCAUUGCUACUAUGAUUGAGUCUGUUCAAAAGAUAGUACAGCUUAUUACAGAGAGAGAAAAGAGAGAGAGAGAGAGAGAGAGUGAGAGCGUGUGCUUUUGCAUGAAAAAUCUAAAAGUCCAAAAAUGGUCAAUUUAUGGAUUUUGCUAAUCACAGCAGUUUUGUUGUACUGCAUAAUCUUCUACAAGAACAAGUUUAGAAGACUUAAUGGAUCAAAACCCAGAAGAAGCCUACUUCCAUUAGGCUCUAUGGGAUGGCCUUUUCUUGGAGAAACCAUCGAGUUUGUGACUUGUGCUUACUCUGACCGCCCUGAGACUUUCAUGGACAAACGUCGUCGAAUGUAUGGCAAGGUGUUUAAGUCCCACAUAUUUGGAAGUCCAGCUAUAGUUUCAACAGAUGCAGAAGUGAGUAAAUUUAUUCUGCAAAGUGAUGCAAAGGUUUUUGUGCCUUCUUACCCAAAAUCUCUGACUGAGUUGAUGGGAAAGUCUUCUAUUUUGCUUAUCAAUGGAAGCUUGCAAAGGAGAAUCCAUGGACUAGUGGGUGGCUUCUUUAAAUCUCCACAGCUCAAGGCUCAAAUCACCAGAGACAUGUACAAGUAUGUCCAAGAAUCUAUGACAAAUUGGAGCCAUGACCGACCCAUCUACAUUCAGGAUGAAACCAAAAAUAUUGCAUUUCAAGUACUAGUUAAGGCAUUGAUUAAUUUGGAUCCUGGUGAGGAAAUGGAGUCUCUAAGAAAACAAUUUCAAGAAUUCAUUGCAGGCCUCAUGUCAUUACCAAUAAACAUUCCUGGAACUAGGCUUCACAGAUCAUUACAGGCAAAGAAAAAAAUGGUGAAGCAAGUAAAGAAAAUUUUAGAAGCCAGGAAAAGUAGUAGUGGGAUGAUCACCAAAGAGGCUCCAAGAGAUGUAAUAGAUGUUCUUCUAAAUGACACAAGUGGUCAAUUAACAGAUGAUCUAAUAGCUGAUAACAUUAUAGAUAUGAUGAUCCCAGGAGAGGAUUCAGUUCCUGUUCUUUUGACUCUUGCAGUGAAAUAUCUCUCAGAUUGUCCUGCUGCCCUGCAGCAGUUACUGGAGGAGAACAUAAAGUUAAAAAGACUCAAAGAUCAGCUUGGGGAGCCACUGUGUUGGAGUGACUACUUAUCUUUACCAUUUACACAAACGGUCAUCACAGAAACACUAAGGUUAGGGAACAUUAUCAUUGGUGUGAUGAGAAAAGCGAUGAAAGAUGUUGAGAUAAAAGGGUAUCUAAUACCGAAGGGAUGGUGUGCUUUUGCAUAUUUUAGAUCAGUUCAUCUUGAUGAAAAUAAUUAUGACUGGCCGUACAAGUUUAAUCCAUGGAGGUGGCAGGAAAAAGACAAUAGCAAUUGUAACUUCACCCCAUUUGGAGGUGGCCAGAGGCUAUGCCCUGGGAUUGACUUGGCUAGAUUGGAAGCUUCCAUCUUUCUACAUCACUUUGUCACUCAAUUCAGAUGGGUUGCUGAGGAGGAUACAAUAGUCAACUUCCCUACUGUAAGAAUGAAGAGAAGGUUGCCCAUUUGGGUUAAAAGAAAAGGGGGUCCUUUAUAAGCCUUUUGUGGCCAUUAAAGAAAAAGCUUUUAGAUAACUUCAUAUACCAAAAAAUAAAAGCUGCCCACAUAAAAAGACAAAAAAUCCCAUGGUGCACACGUGUGGGUGGCACCCACAGAAGCUAAGCGCACGUGUCAUCCAUUUGGACUUUUAUAAUGAUUGCUGCAUCAUGUAGUCAUAUAGAUAACUUUGUUCAACUCUUAAUGGGAAUCUUUCAAUUGAAAUCCCUAUGUUCACUAUAGUCUUAGUUAAUUCUUUUUUGUCCUUCCAUUGCUUUACUUGUAUGUACAAAUGUAAUAAAAGGCACCAAAGGAGCUCCUUUUUGAA